UCAGGGUGGCUCUGGCAGCUUUCCGAACCUGUUUUGCGAUCCCUUGUCUCGUUAGCUUUCUCUGCCGCUCUCAUUUCGGAGAAGAAAACGCACGCCGGUAUUCUAAGCAACAAUGCCUCCCUCGUUUCUGAGCUUGAAGGAGUUGCGAAGACGAUCACGGGCGAGCUUCAAAACCGAACGCUCCACAGACGAAUCGAGCGAAGCUAGCAACCAUACAACCCCAACCAAUGGCUCAUUGACACCCCCUUCGAUAGGAGCAGAAUCGGACCCGGCCUUAAAUCUGCAAUUCAAAGACCAACCGCAAUCACAAUCCGCUCCACCUACUGCAGUCGCGAGGCCGCAGCCUCACCCCCUUCCAAAUGCCAGUAACCGUUUCAGUGUUUCGGGCAUGAUCGGUCUGGGAUCACCAGUCCCGGCUGGAAGGGGUCCAAGCCUGCCCAUUUCGCAUUAUUCUCCUCGGAUAAGUAAUGUGGCAGAUGGCUCGUGGGUCUACCAAAAGGUUCUACUCGUCCACGGCACCAUUGGCGAGCCAUUUCAUCCGUCACUUGACGGCACGCUUACCGUGAGCCGCCUCGACGACCACUUUCCCCCGAUUUCAUGGCCAGUGCACAAUUCUUGCUUCAAAGCACUGGUAUAUCUGUUGCCCGGGGCCAACCGCUUUCGGUUCGACUUUUCUAGCCCGAAGCUCGCCAACAGCGGAUCUUCCAACCCUAUCCACAGCUCUCAUUUGACAGUUCACAUGAUCCCCCCUGCCGGGGCACCUCCUCUGCAACUAGCGAUUCUUUUGGCAAAAGACUCCCCCGGUACAUUCGACGCAGUACCGGCGCGGGUCGAAAGGGAAGGGAACGGGUUGGACACGGCGAUUCGCAAGUUCCGCAUGGCAGCCUACCUCUGGCAGGCGUUUACGGCUGAGCAGAUGUCGCGCAACAAGCUUGGGCGACGUACCUUCAGGUUCGAAGAGGAAUGGACGACGGGCUCGGCAAACCUCCGAGACAGACAGACUGGUACCCUCCGAUCCGAAGCGCGAGUGCAUGUCAUUCGGACCGAGAAGACCUUAGCGGAGCUCCGUGAUAUCAAUCUGGCACAGCAAAAUACUAACGCCACGGACGCAGGGGGCCUUUAUGGUAUUACGGCAGAUGCUGUGCGCGAUUACUUCAAACCGCUCCCGGGACAAAAGUUGUACGUGUCCGUAAUGCUGCUAGAUGCGCAUUGGGAUAAAGACUCGAAGACAAUUGUCGGGCAUGCUGCCCUCGGCGGACAGGUCGGCGAUUUGCACCUUGGUAUCUUUGGAUCUCACUGCCUCCAGAGCUACCCAACAUGCUUCGAAGAGGUAGUACCGGCCUUUACGGAUUGUACGCCGACCGACACCAACUACGUCGGCAACGACUGCAAUGACGCCGGAUCCUCCUGGGAAGCUGCUAAUAUAGGCAUUGGCGCCCACCUGCACGAGGUUGGGCACCUCUUCGGUUUGCCCCAUGAAGAAAGCGGCGUCAUGCUAAGAGACUACGUAAAACUCAACCGGACCUUUCUCACUCGCGAGGCCUACUCCACAAGAACGCGUUCGAGGGGCGGAUUUGUCUCUCAAGAAGAUGAGUGUACCUGGCAUCGGCUCGAUUGCCUUCAUUUCCGCAGCCAUCCCUGCUUCCGCCUCCCCAACGACCCCGUGCUUAACCCGGAUGACAGCGUCCAGGGCUGGCCCAUGGAAAAUGGGACUCUGACCGUCACAGCUGCAACAGGCGUUGCCUACGUUGAGAUCUACGGCGAGGGUGAUGACGUGUGCCACGCCUGGGUCGAGUACCAGCCUGAGAACGGCGGGCCAGUGCUGAGGUCUGUCUCGCUGAGUGAGCAUGACUUGCGAGCUAGGCUGCCAGAGGGCAAGCGGAAGGGCGUACUACGAAUCUCGGUCAAGUCAUACGGCGGCGGGUCCUUGGUUGUAGACGACUUCAGCAAGCUCUGCUCCAAAGAGGCAGCUUGCCUGAGACUUCCUAGUGCGAUGCCCGGUUUGCCCAAGAUGGCGUUCCGGGGGAAGAAGCUGGGCUUGUCGCAGAUGGAGGGCUCGGAAGCCCACGAAGUUGUAUUCACAAGCGCGCUCAAGCACGAUCGAGUACUGUCCAAGGUGAUAGUAUAUCAUGGCUUGGCGGUAGACGGGAUGGAGUUCGUCUAUGAUGACGAUUCGAGGCAAGUGUUUGGUAAAAAAGGAGGCAAAGCGGGCGGUGAUGUAUUUGAUAUGGACAUACGCCGGGGCGAGUACAUUACGGGCUUCUUCGUUCGCUCUGGGUUCUGGAUCGAUGCUAUCCAAGUAUUGACCAGCCUGGGCAGGAGGAGUCCGUUGUUCGGGAAUCCUCACGGCGGUGAUCCGCAUACCUUAAUACCUCCGAGAGGCUAUAACAUAUGCGGCGUUACGGGCAGUUGUGGCCCGUGGCUGGACGGAUUCUCCGUUAUUAUCACGAAGUAAAGCCUGCUGUUUGGAAACGCCGUGGUACCACACUUCCAGCCGAAUGGGCCACGUUGUUCUUGAACAAAGCCGACAACUGUCAGC